AACACAACAUAUCACAUGACCUAUACGUCAUCGACCUCCCCCGUUUUCCGCUUUCCGCUUCUGCGUUCUCCGCGAACCUUCGGCGGAACACUCGUAUUAAAGCCGUAGAUCCUGCCGAGGACCAGUCCGCAGCUUCAUCAGAAAAAAAAUCAGUCAGUUCUGUCAAAAUGGGUCCUUUUCAAAAGCUUCGAUCUCAUCUCGAGUCGCAGUUCCACCUCGGCUCAAAGCAGGAAGACACCGUUGUUGCUGGAGGUAGUACUAGCAACACACAGUCGAUACAUUACCCGCGCCCAGAGGGCCCCGUGUAUCCCAAGGUGAAAGGGAUUCCAAAACUGCUAGGCCUCGUUGAUGAUCCAGAAAUUCAUCGCGAUUCAAUCGGCUCCACCAGGUUUGGCGACAGGGUGUUCUGGACGGCUAGAGACAGCCAGCCUUACGGGCCGGACGGACAUCCGACAUUCCCCAUCUACUCCAGCUCCGCCUCCUGGUCCGAUCUCAAUAGUGAUGGCUCACCCAAGCUACAGCCUGGGAAAGGGGGAAAGAGCGAUAUUGUGCUGUAUGGUGACAAUCACCUAAAGCCGUUCUUCCCAAUCCUGUCCGACCGGGGCGAGCCCAACUCGGGCGGAGGGCUUCCCGACGGGACGCGGUACGCCAUUUGGCCAGAUACGCCUCCUAUGGUCACGGAAAAUAAGUCGGAUGGGAGUAUAGUGGCCUACACGUGGAUCAAAAGGGCGAUCAUCAAGGGUGAUCUGUCUGUGGUGGUGGAGAACCCAGCGACUACGCUGUAUCGCAUUGACUACAACCCCAAAGGAGAGGGAAAACGGAGUCUCCCUAAGGUUUCGGUCGUGGAGGCGAACUUCUGGGCUGAAGACAGGAUUCCUUUUGGGACGUACGGGAAUGUGGUGCGCGAUGGCAUCGCGUACCUCUGGGGUCAAUCCUCGGACAAAGUCACGGCGCUGGCCAAAGUGCCCGUCGACUCUGUCGAAGACAAGUCCAAGUACCAGUUCUGGGUCAACGGGCAAUGGGUGAACACCGAGCCUGGCAUUCACGACCAUGGAGUCAACAUUCCCAACGUUUGCGCCGGGGGCCAGGGAACGUACUACUUCUCCGAACCCUGGCAGAGCUACGUCUGGAUCGGGCAGGGACACCCAUCCGUGGCGGCGGAUUUUUAUAUUACAACGGCUCCGGAGCCGCAGGGACCAUGGAUCGAGCCGUUCCAGUUCCAUAAGGCGCAGACAGGCUCAUUCUUCCUGGGAGCGUACACUCUGCAGGCGCAUCCGUCCAUGGUGAGGCCCGGGGAGAAUGCGAUCUAUCUGACGUACACUAAAACAGACAAUGUGGAGGGUGGGGGGUCGAUCUACACCACACCGCUGAUCUACGUGGAAUGGGAGUAAGGGGGGAGGAUGCGAUUGGGCGGUUAUCUUCUGUAUUUAGGUUUCUGUAUGUAGUGUAUGUAGUACCCACGUCAUCACUCUUCUUCCUCCUUUUGCCUGUGAUCGGGUAUCGCGGGUGCGCGUGUUUAUGUUCGACGUAGACCAGGAGUAAUGCUUUAUAUGAUUUAACAAAUAAUACGGGGUUGCAGCGAGGAGAAAGCUUAAUAGAUUAAAAGAUUUUGUUGGUGGCGGAGACCCC